AUGAACAGUAAUCUUUCAAAUGUGGUACUUCUUGGACAAUUCAAUCCAAAAACUGACAAGUGGUGUGAUUAUAAGGAACAAUUACUAUGUGCUUUGGACGUGGCGGGCGUGGCGCAGGACCUGGACCGGGCGCGCUCGCUGUUCCUGUCCCAGUGCGGCAAGGACACGUAUUCUCUCAUCGCAUCACUUCUGGUCCCGCUGAGGCCUACUAGUGCUUCAUUUGAGGACAUUAUCAGAGUUUUGGACCAGUUUUUUGAGCCGGAAGUAAAUGAAAUUUUACAAGCGGGAAAGUUUCAUAAACGCAUACAAUUACAACAAGAGAGCGUGCAAGAGUUCAUCGGUGCUAUAAGUCUGCUCGGUGCUAAAUGCAAUUUUGCCGAUCUUAAGCGACAAUUGAGAGAUAGACUAGUACUUGGGGUGCGUGACGAUCGCCUGCGACGCGAGUUGUUGAAGACCAAGGACCUCACGUAUACGGGGGCCGUGCAGUAUUGUCUUAACUACCAAGCGACGUUCCCAGACCUGUACCCCGACGCGCGUGCUAGCGACAAAGAGGCCCAGUGUGAACUGUUGGUGGUCUCGGGCCGCGGACCGAGCUUGCUUGGUAGGAACUGGUUUAAGAAGCUGGGGCUACGGGUGGAUGGCGUGGGCUGGUCAGAAGAGGAAAUAGCUGAGUGGAAGAAUAAAUACCCAGAUUUGUUUAAGGAGGGUUUGGGAGAGUACACCGGGCCACCAGUAUCACUGCAUGUGGGACCCGGGGCAGCGCCACGAUUCAUGAGAGCGCGUCCUGUACCGUUUCCCCUAAAACAACAAGUGGAGGAUGAGCUACGCCAAAUGAUUAAGGAUGGCGUACUAACACCAAUCAACCACUCAAUGUGGGCUACUCGUUUAAGGAUUGUUAAAAAAGAUAACGGAUCUUUGCGUAUUUGUGGAGACUAUCGUGCCACGGUGAACGCAUCAAUUGACGUUGACACAUACCCGCUCCCUACAUCGACGGAGGCAUUCGUGAACCUCAGUAGGGGAAGCAUUUUCAGAAAAUUGGACUUGAAACAGGCGUACACCCAGCUCAAGGUUGACGAUAAUACUGCGAUGCUGCUAACACUUAACACACCCAUCGGUCUUAUGAAGGUAAAUCGUCUGGCUUAUGGAGUGAGCGCCGCGCCUGGCAUCUUCCAAAGGCUUAUGUCUACCACCCUGGCAAACAUGGAAGGAGUCGCGUGUCUUCUAGACGAUGUAGCCGUCACGGGGAGAAACGUGGAGGAGCGUAACCAGAGAUUGAACGCAGUGCUGGAAAAACUUCAAGAUAUGGGUUUUCGACUAAAUGUCGAUAAAUGCGUCUUUGUUUCACGGAGUAUUACCUUUUUAGGUCAUAUGCUGGACGCUGAAGGACUCCAUCCGACUCCGGAGAAAGUAGAAGAAAUUCAGGGUAAACCAGCGCCCACAAACAAAGAGACAUUAAGAGCGUUUUUAGGACUAUACACGUACUACGAGAAAUUCUUACCUGACAAAGCAACAUUACUCGAACCAUUGUACCGGUUGCUGGAAGCGAAAUCACCGUGGACCUGGGGUGACAAGGAACAAGCCGCUUUUAAUAAGGCUAAGAGUCUGUUGUCUUCGGAUUGUACGCUAGUCGGAUAUGAUCUAAAUAAAGAAUUAUUACUGGUUUGCGACUCGUCAGAUUAUGGUUUGGGAGCCGUGUUGGUGCACACUAUGGAAGAUGGAUCUGAACGCCCUGUGAUGAUGGCGUCGCGAACAUUACAGCCACACGAGAGACGCUACGGACAAAUUGACAAAGAAGCACUCGCAAUAAUGUUCGGGCUAUCUAAGUAUCAUCAAUUUCUGGCCGGACGAAGAUUUUGCAUCAUCACCGACCACAAACCCUUAGUUGGUCUAUUCAACCCGGAAAAACCAAUCCCAGACCAAAUAUCGCCUAGAAUGUUACGGUGGUCGCUAAAACUUAACGGAUACAGUUAUUCUAUAAAAUAUCGACCAGGCAAGCUGAUUGGAAACGCGGACGCUUUAAGCAGAUGGACACAACCGGAGACAUUUUCUGCUGACCCAAAUAUAGACUGUCUUGGCGAGGUACUUUUGCUAGAAGAGCAAUCGCCGGGUUGGAACCUUGAUGUGAAAACCAUUGCCCAAGAAACAAAGAAAGAUCAAAUGCUACAGAAGGUGUUGUUUAACGUACUCCAUGGAUGGCCGCGCUCCAAUACAGAUCCGGAAAUGCAACCAUAUUGGAUCCGUAGAGAGGCUCUUUCACACAAUAAAAAUUGUUUAUUGUGGUGCAACAGAGUUGUCAUACCUACAUCGCUUCACCAAAGAGUACUUAAAUUGCUACAUGCUCCUCACGCGGGGAUCGUACAGACAAAAGCAUACGCCAGAGGGUACCUUUGGUGGGCCGGCAUGGACAAAGAAAUUGAGAAGGUGGUGGCUGAGUGCGAAGAUUGCCAGUCUGUGAGAAACAAUCCACCUAAAGAUCCGCAAAUAUGGGUUAUGCCUGAAAAACCGUGGAGUCGACUGCACAUAGAUUUUGCUGGUCCCUUCCAGGGAAAAACCUUCUUGCUGUUAAUCGAUUCUUAUAGCAAGUGGAUAGAAGCAGAAAUAGUUCCAUCUAUGAGCUCAGAUUCGAUAAUCACAAUUUUGAGACGCAUUUUCGCUUCGCAAGGUUUGCCGGAGGUUUUAGUGUCGGACAACGGCAGGACAUUUACGUCCGAGGACUUCAAUUUAUUUUUGAGUAGGAACCAUAUCAAGCACAUAUUUACUCCGCCCUACCAUCCGGCUUCCAAUGGUCAAAUAGAACGGGCCGUGCAGACAUUUAAAAAAUAA